AUAAAUAACAAUUCUUAAUAUUUUUGAAAAACGGAAGAAAGAAAAUAAAAAUAUUUUUGAAAAAAAUGUGGAAAACUUUAAUCGCGUAUUGUUAUAUCGUUGGCAUUUUAAAUGUAUAUGCCACUGAAUUGAAUGAAUCUAAUAAACUAACAGCCACAAAACAAAUUACCGAUGACACAACUAGUGAUAGAGAAGCUGGUGCUACCGCGGCAUCAUCAUCGCCAGUAGUAGUAGCAGUAGCAGCAGCAGCAGCUGAGGCCGAAAUUGUUGCAAAAGAUUCCAUAAAUGAUGCCACCAAAGAUAAAAGACAAACAAAAGACACUAAAAUUGCACCCGUCUAUGCAAAUCAUCGUCGUUCAGAUAGUAGCGGUAACGGUGCAGAUGAUACCAAUGCUGAUGAUCCCGAGAAUGGACAAGAGACGGUGUACGCGGCAAAUCCAAGACAAUUUUUGAUACGACCACAAGCGGAUGAACAUGCACAAAAUCAGCAACAGCACCAGCCCCAGCAUCACCAGCAACAACAGCAGCAGCAACAGCAGCAACAACAACAACAACAACAACAACAACAUACUCAGCAACAACAAGCUCAGGCAGCAGCUACAGUUGCGGCACAAUUGAGAAAUUAUCCGGCCACUAUACGACCGCACAGUACACAGCUACUGGAACAAAGUCAAGAGAUACAGCAUUUUGCCUAUCUUCAAGACUUGGCCAGUCGUCAGCCUAAACUAUUGCAAAGUAAAUCCUUAGCUGGACAAAGCAAGAAAUUAAGCGCUACAGCAGCAAGAGCCCAAAUACAUCAAGCAGCUGCCGGUCAAGUUGAAGAAGCCGAACAACGCUAUGCUGUUGCCGUUGAACAACCGAUACUCACUCAUGCCCGUUCACAUUUAUAUCAACCGCAAUUGCCCUAUCAUUUGGCGCCAGAACACUUACAGCAACAUCAUCAACAACACCAACACCAACAACAACAACAACAACAACAACAGCAACAACCGCAAGAGCAAUCCAUACAAAUUAUACCAGAAGAGCAAUUUUUGAAAAUUCUUGAAGCGGAACUAAAAGCUCGUGCUUUACAAGAAGAUCAGUAUAGAAGGCAAGAAGCCGCGGCAGCGGCUGCAUCUGCAUCACAAAAAGUUCAAGGCUUAGGCGGCUAUCGGCAAAGAAUCGAUGGCGAGCCUGAUAUCAGUCAACAUCCUGAAUACUUGCAAUAUAUACCGCAGCAUAAUAAAAUCACAGGACCCAAGUACCUGCCCUUGCCGUCUUCACAAGGUAAUGGGCCAACAAAACAUAUACCUGAGCCGGAAGCCGCGCCGCAAUUGCCUCCACAGAUCGCUUACUAUCAGCCACAAAUUAGUUAUAAAACCCUGCCCAAUCAUCCGUUGGCGAAAUCGUCGCUGGAAAAUGAAAUUGAAAAAUUGUUGGCCAAUAAUAAGCCACAUGUUGCUCCAGUGCAAAUUGUAGAUAAUACGAAUGAACCAUCCGCUGUGGUCAAUCAUCGGCAUCCCGUUACAGCUGUACCAGUUGCUCCUCUACCGAAACCACGUUUAAUACGACCUCAUGUAGCGGCGGGAAAAUCUUAUAUCACUACUUUAGGGCCGCACGAUAAUCAACCUUUUCUACCUUCUCUGUAUCAAUUUGGUAACUAUCCCGUACAAGUGCCUCAAGAGAUAAUCGAUGCUAAGAAAUUAGGGCCAGUAGUUUAUCCACCACAACAACAACAUGCUCAGCCACCAGUACAGCAGCCACAACUGCAAACACAUUCUACAAGGCAGCCACCAAUACAUGUCUCGCAAUUCUUCUAUCAAGAGCCAACGCCCACACCAGCCGGACGGCCAAAGCCACAUCGCUCUAAAUAUGGCACUAAACUUAUUACGACACCUCUUCCCAACAAGCCCUUAAAGAAUGACUUAAACUAUCCAAUAGGUACUAAAUAUGCUCAGCCAAUUUUUUAUGAAAUUGAAAAACCAAAUGCAGCUGCCUUAACUGGACACCCGCAAUUCUAUCCCAGCCCACCUGAUCCGCAUAGAUCUGGCCAACUACCAUCUCCCGCGCCUACCGUACAACCUACCGCAGCAGCAUCUACUAAAUAUGCCCAACAACCGCCUACCGAUUAUCGUCAGUAUACUUUGCCCGGAACUUCACCAUCACAGUCCAGUAUAUACGUGUCGCAAGGUACCGGUAUUGUUACAGCUUCGCGACCUAUUGCUAACGGCAACAAACCGAAAACUAUAGAGGACUUGAAGCAAUUGCAUCUACCACAACCUGGCGGCAAACCUUUAACGCAAGCCGAAUUUCAGGCUUUAGUAGAUGCUGGUUAUCCCGUAACGGCAGUGCCUGUACCCAUACCCGUACCUUACGAGCAAUAUGUGAAGGAUCAUCCAGAAUUCCGUAAUCAACCGCCGCCCGCUUUACCGGUCAACUAUGAGCAAUUAAUGCGUUUCGCCCAACUCCAGCAACAUCAUCAAGCACGUCCACAACGUCAACAUCAUCCGCAACAACAGCAACAACAACAACAACAGCAGCAGCAGCAGCAACAGUUCGCUACACGUUCAUUUAUUGGACGGGCCUCCGAACCAUCGGUAAAAAUUAUCUCCUCACCGUCUGAGCCGCAAAGUGCCACCGUAACCUAUUUAAAACCAUUAGCGGCCGCAACCGGUGAUCAAAAACGUCGGCCCCGCGAUGAAAACGAAACUAAAAUCUUAGGAGCAAACGCCAGCGAAGAAAAGAAUGAACGGAUGAAAACGGAAGCCGUAAAAAAAGACGAGAAAAAUAGUAAAUAAAUGUUUGUAACUAAUUUAAAUAAAGUAUUAAAUGCCGCACGAUAU